GCCGGUGACGUCACCGCGGGCAGCGACGUAGCCCGCCUCGCGUUCGUUAAGUUGCCGCGGCCGAUGGGAGAUGUCAAUCGGCGCCGAGAGGCACCAAUCUCAGCGCGCGUGCCGCCUCUCAUGCUACUCGCCGCGCACCGUUUGCCCUUCGACGCGCUCCCCAACCCCCUUGCAAGGGGGAGUUAGGGGGAGGCGCAGUCCACUCUGAGGCCCAUCCGUCUUCACCUCGUUUGGCAACCAUGGCGACGAGCGAGGUGGGAAGUGAAGGGGAAGCAGAUAUCGUCAUGGUGACGGUGGAGGAACCUCAGAACAGCACCGACCCUGCGGAGGAUUCAAGUGCCGCCAUGAUGGUUCAAUUCAAGCAGGAUCACGCUAGUGCCGCUCAAACAGAUGACAACAUUGAGUCCGUGUACUCUGCCAACACACUGGUGGAGAAGAUGGCCAAUUCGGGAGAUGUGACGGAAGAGAAGGGGAUGGAGGAGGUAGAGGAGGAGGAAGAGGUGGACGAUGGGGAAGGAACAAACCUGGCGUAUCCCAUCACGUGUGGAGACAACAAGGCAACACUGCUCUGGAAGAAGUUUGUCUGCCCUGGCAUCAACGUCCCAUGUGUUAAGUUUAACACCGGACUGAUCAGCCCAAAGGAGUUUGUGAACAUGGCUGGAAAGUCGACCCUGAAGGACUGGAAGAGAGCCAUUCGCAUGCGUGGGGUCAUGUUGAGAAAGGUGAUGGACUCGGGGGAGCUGGACUUCUACCAGCACGACAAGGUGUGCACCAGCACUUGCCGAAGCACCAAGUUCGACAUCCUCAUCAACAACGUGCGCUUACCCAUCAUCGGCACGCAGGGCGAGUACUCGAUGGUUGGAACCCCUUCCGACGUGAAUGGCGCACAGGUGUGCGGGGGUGCUGAGGAGGCGGCCAAAGAUGCGAGCGAGCUGGUGUCCACUCCGUCCACCUCCUUCCUACCCUCGACGCCGUGCACCGAUAGCGCGCGCGCCAAGGACGCGAGUGAACUUCCAGGUGACAAAGACGAGGUAUUUUCGCUGUGGAAGGGGAUCGCUGACGUGGGGCUGCUCGGGGAGGUUGUGAACGAGGUGCAGCAGGAGAUCCAGGACACGCUCAAGGCCCUGCGCCAGCGGAUACAGCUUUCCCCCCUGCAGAUGAGUGAUGCAGCGACGCUGAACGGCGUGGUCCAACACUUUGGCCUCAUGGAUAAUGUUAAGAAGAUCCUGGGCAACCACAAGUCCCAGAUGGGUCGAUACCGCGACCAGUAUACACGGGACCUGGCAGAGCUGGAGCGGCAGUGCGAUGAUCAGCGCCGCCGCAGCAUCGAGCAAAAGCAGCGCCAGCAGCUGACCACGCUCUCCCCGUCGGCCAUCGCCAUCUCCCCGCCGCCGGCCAAGCGGCCCCGUGCACAGCGCGUGCCCACCAUGGCCACCAUCCCCGGCCUUACUACCAUCCCCAUGGCCAAGCUGCCCACGCUCGGCAAGCAGCAGCCGACGUUCGCCGCGGGGACUACCACGGCGACGUAUAGCACCAUGGCUGGGACGCCAGGUGGCCUCACUGUCAUCGGCUCACAGGCCAUCAUCUCCACCGCGUCCGGGCUCAAGGUGCUGAGCCCCGUGCAGUUUGUGUCGGCGCAGGGGGGCGAUGGCGGCGGCAUUAUGAGCGCCGCCGGGCUGGGAGCAAUGUUGCAGGGUGCUCAGGUGGUAUCGGGACCCGGCACCGUGGUCACGCUGCAGCCCGUCCCAGAGGCCACCGUCGCAGCAAUGGUUUCUGCGGCAGCAGCGUCCACGGCGGUGCCCGGAGCGCUGCCGAUCCAGGCCGCCCCGGCUGCGGUUCCCAUGGAGGGGGAACAGGCGGCGAGCGAUGUGGGAGCAAGCGUGGCGCCAUGAGGGUAGUGUGCGUGUGAGGGCUGGCGACCGCCUUGGGACAGACGUGUGGAACAAAGUAGAAGCCCCCGGACAUCCACUGCGGCAGUUGCUGUUGUUGUUGCAGAGACUGUUUUGAAAGGUCAAAAGUGCAGUGUCAUGGGACCUCACAGACUGGUUUAGUUACAAACCCCAAGGAAGACUCGUGCAUCUACUAUUUCCAUUUUCUCAACAUUUUAAUGUUAUUGUUAGAUCAGGCAGAUAGGAUGCAAUUUUUACUAACAAUUAAAUUAACUAACAACCCACCUGCUUUUUUAUUUCAUAUUAUGCAAAUACAGUAAGCAGACAUUUCCAGCUGCUUGUUGCUGAAGAUCUUGCGUCUGGGAAUGUUGUGAACUCCUUUGUUUGCGAAUGCAUCUUGAUGACCCGGCCUCCAAGAGGGAAGUGGCAUCAUCUCCUGGCAGUGCUGUCUUACCGUGGAGAGCACAGAGUUAUAUACACGUGUUGGGUCUUUGGACCUGUGUACAUACUUGGACAGCUGUGAAAAUGAAUCUCUUACCAUUUUUAGUUUGCUACAUUUAGAGGUUAACAUUAUAUGAUACGUUCAUGGUGAUGUAGAUUUUUACGUGCCAGUUCUUUAACAUUUAUUGCAGAAACUCCUUUCUCAAACUGACAUUGUAGGUGGAUUGCAGAUACAAUUGGAUGAUUAAAAAUGAAUUUCAUCCACUUGUAUGGUUAAAAGUUCAUGGUGUUAUGCACCAUGUUUAGUAGCUUUUGACUGGAACUGUAGAAAAUAAUUAAUAGUAUUGGAAAUUGUUUAACAUGUACUUUAGUUGAAAUGUAAACUCUCCAAAAUUAGCUGUUAAUGUAACAGUAUAUAUAAAUUAAGUACGAGCUGAGUGUCCAGUUAGUCAUGAAAUAAGUGCUAAAUUAUGUGGAUUUGUGUUAUUUACUACUUUAGUGAGCCAAGAAUGCCUGUGUCCUGCGCGUGACGUCACUCCACGUCGGCCAGCCCCCCUCAUUAAUACUCAUGAACAGGUGACGUCCUCCACAUGGACCCCCCCCCCUCAUUAAUAAUCAUGAACCGGUGACGUCAUGGGGGGGGCGAGGCGCCUCCUCCCCCCCUCAGCGUCAACUUACAACCCUAACUACAAAGGCAGAACCCUAACGUCACACGAUCUCCAUAACGCUAUUGAGACAUAGAAGUAAAAAGGACGUCAUGAUGAACAAGGGAUUAUAAUCUUUGAAUGAAAUAAGUCUGUCACCGCGGCCUUACAAAUUGCACACGAAUUGAUGCAAUUAAUAUCAUAUCACAUCACGGGCUGCUUUUCUCUUUCAAGUUUCAGAUUUACUGAAAUACACCCGUCCUUGGACGGGCAAAAGGCUAGUGUAACCAGAAUGUUUGAUAUUUGAAUCGUGUGGAAAGGGCAUGGAAUAGUAAAAUAAUAUUUGCAUUUUAAAAUCGAUAUACUCCAAAUUAUCCUUGAGUAAAGAGGCUGGAAACACUGAUACAUAACCCUCUUUCAAGUCUACAUUGUGCGGAAAUGUACAUUACACGUUAUUUCCAUUACGCAUUAUUUCCAUCAAGUGAAGAUAUGGAAGCUUCAUUUCUAUUAAUUGUUGUGCAUAAAAAGCUUUCAUAACAUUUGUUAUGAACUGUUGUGGCUUUUGGAUACUAAAAUUAUAAAUUAACACAUGAAGACAUAUUCAUGUAAAAAUAAAUAGCAUGUUGGUCCAUAAACCUAUGGACCUGCUUUACAAAUUGUUUCCACACUGAUGAUGACACUCGAACCUAUCCAGCAUCUGACUGCUUAAACAAAUUUUACUGGAAGACAUUAGCCAAGAAGCCCAUAAGCUGAUGGAAUUCAUUACUUGGUGAGACAGACCAUUAUUUACAAUUUGAAAGCUUUCACAUUGACCUGGGUUGGCUGGUGUAGUUUAUGCUUUUGUGGGAUUAAGUCCUGAGUCUGUGUGAGCAGAAAUUGACAAAUGCUAAAAUGUCAGUGUGUGUUAGGUUCUUGUCGUGUGUUGUCUUUCAGUAUUUUUGUUUAUUACAACUAUUAAAUUGGUUAUCUGUAAUCCGAAUAGAGCGUUGAUGAAUGCAGUUUAUUUUAAUCCAGGAUGAGUGAUCUUUGGGUUAUCCUGAAUCUAAAGUACUUGAUUUCGAAGUGAAAUGAUUUGUUUCUGCUUUUCUGGUCCAGCUUUGUCCCUUGUAUGUUUGUACAACUUUAUAUAUCUGUUUCAAAAGAAGAUGCAGCUAAAAUAUUAUCUCUUAUUUCACGGAUACACACCUAGGUUGUGCGCAUACCAAGUUCGUUUCAGUUUGCGACUUCGAAAAGGAGAAUAAAGACUUUAACUAAUAUGUGCCACCAUAGCACUAAUAAUAUCACAGCAUUGCAGUUUAUGUAUAUUUUAAUACGAUGCUAUGGCAGCCACCUCAGUAAAACAUGCUAUAUAGUCGCUUUAAAGUCUUUUGUUAAUGAAGCUAUAAAAUGUAUACUGGGACAGCCUAGGUAGGAUACACGGCCUAUACAUGGCCUGAAAAAUAAGAGCUAUUUGAUAUGUUUUUGGUUGUGGCUUUCUAUAAUAUUAAGAACGUUACAUAUUUUAACAGCAGCCUAACACCAGUUUCUUAAAUUAUGCUUUUAAAUGUUGACAGGUUUUGUUUUGCCUUGUGUGUGUGUGUCUCCCUGGUGUGCAUCAUUGUAUGAUGUGUGAAACAUUUUAAGAGUUAAAGCACAAGGUUUGGGCUUGUCAAUCGGAAUUUUUAAAAUAUAAAUUUGGUUCAAUAUUAUGGCUCAUUGAGAUUGGUUAAGACCUGUUACAUUCGCUGUGUUUGGCACCGAAGAUGUGUAGCAGUUUUCGAUUUUGUGCUAAAUUUAGGUUGGUUUUGUGCAUUUCAUUUGUUUUACAAGACUUUGGUAAUCUUCAGGCAAAUCCAUCACAAGUCAUAUUUCAUGGAUUAAUUGACACCACUUGUAACGUAAAAGCUGAAAAAAUGACAGUAUUUUGAAACAUCUUACACACUGAAAUUGUUUUAAUAGCUAACGUUGUUGGCAGUGGCUCAGCCUCAGUGUGGAAAGUCAAUAAACUGUUUUUUAAGUAACAAAAAAAUCUCCUCACUUCACGUCUCAAUGAAUCCGUCUGUUUUAUCCUUUUCCAGUACGGCUUGAGUUUUUUUCUUUGAAGUUGUCCUAAUUGUUUUUCUACAUUGCCAAAGGAAUAUUUUUAAUGUUAGCUGAUACAUGCUUCGGUUCCUUACGCAGUGGUAUUCAUCAUGGAGAGGUUUAUUUGUUAGCGAUUACCAAUAAGAUGCACCACCAAUGUGCAAAGGUUUUGUAUGCAUUCAUAUGUUGUAAAAUCUGUAUGCAGUUGUGGGGUUUUUGAGUGUCGCAUAGCAGAACAGUUAUCACCUCACAAGGCUAUUUUUGAGUCUCUUAAUACAAGUUAACAUGCAUUUAGGACAAUAAUAGCAGUCUCUUCGCAGAGCUGUUUUUAACAAUGUGUCUCAUUAGUUGAACAUGUAGGCUUUCGCGACCAAUAUCCAUGAUAUAGGUUUUUUUUGGGUUAGGUCACGUAAAUAUUGUCUCAAUUAGCCUUGUGCCCGUCCAAGGACGGGUGUAUUGCAGUAAAUCUGAAACUUGCAAGCGAAAAGCAGUCCGCGACGUGAUAUUACAUGAAUUCGUGUGCAAUUUGUAAGGGUGCGGUGACAGACAUUUCAUUUUAAAGGUUAUAAUCCCUUGUUCAUCAUGACGUCUUUUUUACUUCUAUGUCUCAACAGCGUUACGGAGAUCGUGUGACGUGAGGGUUCUGCCUUUGUAGUGAGGGUUGUAAGUUGACGCUGAGGAGGGGGGAGGAGGCGCCUCGCCCCCCAUGUGGAGUGACGUCACCCGCUCAUGAUUUUUAAUGAGGGGGGGGGGGGUCCAUGUGGAGGACGUAACCUGUUCAUGAUUAAAUCUUGACUUAAAAGCUUUCAUGACUGCAGGAAUUCAUAUUCUUUGGGUCUUUCAGUAAAGUCAAGUCGAUAGGUUCAAAGAAAAUAAAAAACUACGACGUUUCGAUCGCAACAAGCGGUCAUCAUCAGGAAAAGGGGAUUAGCUUCUAAAGGCAAACUGUGUAUAAAGGUUUAAAAAUGGGCAUAACCCAAAUGUCAGUAGCAUGGGCGGGGCAGUUAAUGUGAGGUGGUGGGUUUUCCACCAAUUAAAGGGCUGCCAGGUAGGGGGGCUGGUCGACGUGGAGUGACAUCGCGUGCAGGACACAGACAUUCUUGGCUCAUAGUAGUAAAUUGUAAUGAUAGUUACAUUGUUAGAAUAUGCUGCCUGGUACAUGCUUGUAUUGGAACAGAAUCUAAUCACUUUGUUUAUUAGAGCCCAUUACUGUUACAUGUAUCUGCAUGUACAAUAUCGGAUCUCUGUGUGAUGGGAUUUCGAAUGAUUGCGCCUGAGUGUUACGGCCAGUGAACAGCUGUGUGUGAAUAUGAUAUGUAUAAGAUGUUUUGAGUUACAGUACCAAUGUUUUGGCCAAAUCUGUCUUUUUUUUAUUUGUGUGUAUUACAAUCAGCUCCCUGCUUUCUGCCUCGUUCAGGCUGUUAUAUCAAACAUUGCGUUGAGUGGGUGAAUAUUUGAAACUUCACGGCAUUCCUUUAACUAAUAGAAUUUGGGGUAUUUUAAAUAUUCCGGUUGUAAUGUGUACAUGUGUGGUGAUAAACAUGGCACAGGGUGAGGCUUUUACAGGCCAAUAUAUUUAAUUCCAAACACUGCAUUGACAACUCUGCCUCUCAAUUCAGCCCAUUCAUUUACAGAAGUCCUAUAUGUCAUUGUUAUGGUCUUAUGGCAACGGUAGUUUAAAAAAAACAGACCUACACGUAAUGCAGUACCGUAGGAAAUAUUAGUGUGUUGUAGCAGUCAGUAUACACCUUUACGUAUUGGAAAAAAAAUGUGCAUAUUAAAUCCUAAACGUGAUUUAUAAGACUAUAGCUAGAACAAAAAUUUAACUGGCAAGCCCUCCCAAAGUAACAGUAACAAUCAAACCUAACAUUGGUUUCUUAAUAUGUAAUUUAGUGUGUGUACUAAACAGGCACCAUUAAUAUUGUUUGGUUAAGUACGUGCUGUCUGAGUGCUGCUAGAGUUGUUUGGAAUAUAAUAAUUGUUUUCAAUUUACUUUUAAUUAUUUCCGCUAAAACAGUGCAUGGUUAAACAAUGUUAAUGGAUUGACAACUAUUUUAAAACUCUCACGUGGGCUUCUUGGUACAAUGCCAAGCAGGUGUGCAUUCUUAUAUAUUGAUCAUGAUGCUGUUAUAACUCGGUGUGGUUAAAUCACUGAACAACUCAACCACUAGAGCUGCCACUUACGAUACAACUAUAGCUCACUUGCAUUGGAUAAUUUGCUACUCUUAUCCAUUUUUAUAGCAACAAUAAUGCAAAACACAUGCAGUAGCCUUGCCUUGUGAUCUGUGCUGACCAUGUUAAGCUGUGUGGUGUAUUGUGAAGGAAGUAAUGCUGCCCUGCAAUUAGUACUGCAGCCAAUUGCUAAACCUAACCCCCAAACAUGUCAAAUGCUGACCUUUUUAUAUCUGGUGGGGCCAUUAACAUGUCCAUUUUCAGACUGCUGGACCCCAGAACCAAUUGUGAUUGGCUGCAGAAGUGUGUUUCGCUGCAGCGCCACCACUCUGCUUCUCCACCAUUGGCCCCGAUCAGUCCCAACGUAUGACACUAUCAACUGUCAGAAGCUUGAUUUAGUACCUCUGUAGCAUCAAGACGCGUUAUAAAAUACAGCUCAAUUUUAUCAAAACGUGUGGACAUAUAAUCUUUCUUUCCAUGUGUUCUGCCCUCUUACAAUUGCACCAUUAUAAUGUUUUGUCAGACUAGACAUGAUAAAAUAGGACAAGCAGACACCAUGUAAGUAAACCUGCAUGUACAAUGCCGGAUUCAUAUGAAAAUACUUGUUUAAAAAAAAAAACUUGGAAUAGUUUUAUUGCAGAUCAUAGAAAACACCUAACACAGACACUGUACUCAUGUUUUAAAUGGCUGUAAAUGCAUUGACAGGUAGUGGUGCCUGCAUACAAAUAGCACGUCGAUUUCAGUUGUGUAGUAAAGUGUGUUCAUCUGUGGGUAACGGUGUUCGGAAUGCAGAUGUGAUUGUCGCAAAAUGUAAUAGAUCCUAUGUAGCAUGAUGGUGCAGCUUUGGGAGAAGCUGUGUAAAUAUAGGUGCUGUAUAAACAUCAACCUGACCCUUUUUAAUAAUUCACUCUAAUAGAUGUAUGUAGACGUUUUAACCAGAAAUUAUUUUUGGCAAAAUAAAUAAAGUGGGAUUUUAUAGUACCUAAACCCAUAGGCCACUUGUGCCUUUAACGUACCCGGGCUGUAGUUGUUGAGGUCAUGUGUUUCGGGAAUAUUGACAAUCACUUCCUGUGUGUUUUCACAUACAAAACGACUCCACACAUGCUCCGCUAUCCCCAAUGCAUGUAUAUAGUCACAAGAGAUUUUCCAGCCUUUUUUAUAUUAUCGUAACUUUGGUCUCAAUGCGCUAAACACAGAUACGCAAUCAAUGACAUCACCUCAUCCUGAUGAUGUGAUAGCAACCAACGCUGAUAUAAUUUAGUUGUUUUUCCAUUUCGUCUUACACUGGGGUUUCAUUGCUUACGUAUCAGCAGCAUCAAAAGUGAACUGGAAAUCAGCCUUUAGGACACUCAUUGCUUCCAUGGAUGCGGUUGUGCCAAAAUGUGGAAUUAGAGUGCAGCUUUUACCACUUUUUGUAUCGUGCGGUGCCCCCAUGCUUGCGCUAAUUAGUCCUGUCGAAUGAAUCUUCACAGGCAUGAAACGAUUCGAUACAUUGGCACGAUUUAUUUUUUGUGUUAUGUUUGUAUAGUACUAUUACAUUUUUAAUUUCUUGUUUUUACCGUUUCAUUUGUAUCGUCUAUUUUGUUUAUACUUUAUGUAAUGUGUCUUAUUUGCACAGUUUUAUCUAUAUUAUGUCAUUUAUACUAUAUCAUAUUCGACUUGUUUGCACUCCCUGAAUUGUAAUGCGUUUUAAUUUGACUGUCAUUUAUUUGUCCCAUGUCUGGUUCAUAAAAAUCGAAAAACUAAAAAAUAAUUUGUUAUUCGCAUGAUCACAUGCAUGUCAUGCGUGUAUAAGGAUCGAUGUUUAUUGAUGAAUCGAUUCUCCGUUGCAUACCUAAUUCAUAACGACACCCGCAUGUCUUUGCAGGUUCCAUAGUGGUUGGGUGUUGAACUCAGGUUCACAGCUGUCAGGCCCUGUCCGGCAGAAACACUUCACCUGUAUGGUAAUGGCUUCAUUGUAAACCUGAGCAUCUGUCUCUUCUCUGCAUGUACUGCAUUCUUGUGUUGCUUUUUGUCUUACGGAGUGUACAAAAAAAUAAACGUGCUCUUUGUUUGCAAACUGGUAGUAUGAAGUGCUUAAGCAAUGCUUCAGGUUCCAAUUUAAUAAAUGCAUUUA